AUGUUUCCAAAUCAUAUUUUAGUUCUAGGACCACCAAAUAGUGGAAAGCUACGCAUUGUCGAUGCAAUUACACAGCGAGAAAACGAAAGCAUAGCCUUCGAUACUGAAAGGAAUAGUCACAGUGGAAUUAUAGAGAAAACCAGAAUCAUAACCAAAUAUUAUGAUAUAGAUCUCAACAUCUUCAUUGAUGAGUUUCCCGAAGAACGACUGGUGAAGAAGGAGUACCUGCAACAGCUGCAGAAGCAGCAAGAACAACCACAACACAUACAGCAAAGUGAAAAGAUUGAAAGGGAGGGUACAGAAGAGAUCAAAGAAAUGCAUGUUAUAUCGGAUGACGAAAAGCUUCGACUGUUUAAAGCUUGGUCUAAGCUGUUUGGCGAUGACUCGAUGUCGGAGUUGCGUACCGUUUUGAACGGAGUGAUAUUUACAAUAAAUGCAACACUGGAUGGGUUGGAGUAUAUCGAGCAAGCCUUGGAUAUUCUUGAUAUAUUGCGAGCUCAAUUGAAUGAUGAUAGUUUUUGCGUAGUUGUGGCGUCAGUACCUUGCGGAGCACAGCCUUUAAAUCAAAAGAUGGAAGAAAUAGAGGAUUUGGUAAUGUCGCAUGCAAUUGAGUUCAUCAACUUGCAAGCAACAGGUAAAAAUGAAUUUGGAGAGAAACAAGGCAAGGAACGAGUGAGAGAAGUAAUGGAGUCGCAUGACUGGCCCAAUAUAGAUCCAGCAUCUUUUCCAAAUGUUCAGGACUCGAAAAUGAAGGAAGAACGUAAUAGAGCAAAAAUCAAAGCCUUGGAAGAUCCUUUGGUAAAGAAACAGCCCCAGCAAGAGGAUUUGCGGGUUGAAGAAAACGAAAAUGAAGAGGAAAAUGAAUUAUAUGCCAAUAGAGAGGUGUAUAACAAUGAUAAUGAUAAAUAUGAUGACCAAAAUGAUGACAAAAAUGAUGACAAAAAUGAUAACAAAAACGAUAAUAGCAAUAAUAAUGAAGACAAUUUAGAAUAUCUAUUGACAAGAUUGGUCUUGGCACGGCAAAAGGCUGAAACUCUUUCUGGAGAAGAACGAGAGCGAUAUGCUGCAGAAUGUGUUGAUGACUUUAUAAAUUUUCUUUAA